AUGCGGCACUAUAGACGUCGGGUCAUCGCAGCUGUACCUUCCCUCACAUACAUCGAUAAGAGUCCUGUGAGUAGAGAGGAGAGGGCGGGCGCUGAAGCCUUCGUGAAGGGUGGGACCAAUGCAGAGAUCAGUGCCAGAAAAGCAUACUUGGAGGAGAAGAGGAAUGCCAUGGCUCAGCUGGUCACGGGCUUACGGCAAAUACAACGUCAAAGGCGAGAAGAGCUCAACUUGCCCGAACCCGAUCCUUACUCGACUGUUGAUGAGUGUAAUGAUGAAGACGAUGCUCCUAGCGAGGGCCAGGAAUGGCUGGGAUCAAAGGGGGAUGUAGUCUUCGAAGAAAAGCCUCGCGACCUGCACUUCGACCCGCCACCAAGGGUUGACGACGUACAUAACGGAAGUGCCGAGAACGAAGACUGUGCGGUUGUCUGUGGACGUGAUUCGGCUGAAAGGGACGACACGAGGGAUCGAGUCAAUGCAGAGGGAUUGGAGACAGUCAAGAAGGGACUGAAGGCGGAGAUGAAGGAAUACCUCCGAGCUUUACGUGAGCGGACACAUAUGGCAUGA